AUGUGCGGCAUAUUGGCGGUAUUCGGCCUUAAGGAGGAUGCUGAGAUAUUCAGACCAACAGGAUUGCAGUUAUCCAAGCGUAUUCGUCAUCGCGGUCCGGAUUGGAGCUCCUGCUACUGCCAUAAGGACGUCUUCAUCGCUCAUGAGAGACUAGCGAUAGUCGACGUAGAGUCCGGUGCUCAGCCUUUGUACAACAAGGAUCACACGACUGUACUGGCUGUUAACGGUGAGAUAUACAACUACCAACCUAUUCGGGAACAGCUUAUCAAGGAGGGGUUUGAGUUCGCCAGCGGCAGUGACUGUGAGGUUAUGCUCCACAUGUACGACCGUGGGGACUCAAUGGAAGACCUCCUCAACCAGCUACGUGGUAUGUUCGCUUUCGUUAUCUAUGACGCCACAAGCGGUCGUUAUGUUGCUGCUAGAGACCAUAUUGGUAUCAUUCCUCUGUAUAUCGGUUGGGGUCCUGAUGGUGAGGUAUAUUUCGCCAGUGAGAUGAAGGCUCUCAGUGACCGAUGCACCAACUACAAGCAGUUCCCUCCAGGACACUACUACGACUCAGUCAAGCACGGUAUUCACAAGUUCGAGAGAUGGUAUAACCCUUCCUGGAGACUCGAGAUUCCCACCCAAAGGCCGACCCCUGAGGAACUUCGUACAGCUUUGGUGAACUCAGUAGAGUCCCAUAUGAUGGCCGAUGUCCCCUAUGGAGUGCUCCUGUCGGGUGGUCUAGACUCUAGCCUCGUAGCCAGUAUUGCCUCUCGUAUUCGUAUGCGACAGGCUUGUGGAGAUGAUGAGGAUUACUGUAGGAAACUAAGGCAAUCAGGCAAACUCCCCAAGAUAGCACGACUGAGGUCGUACUGUGUCGGGCUUGAAGGCUCUCCCGAUGUGAAGGCUGCUAGGGAGGUUGCUCAGUUCCUCGGUACCCACCAUAGAGAGUUCACCUUCACCUUACAGGAUGGUAUCGACGCGUUGGAAGAUGUAAUCUACCAUCUGGAGACCUUCGACGUUACCACAGUCCGCGCCUCGACUCCUAUGUACCUCAUGACUCGUCUCAUCAAGGCUACUGGCGUCAAGAUGGUCCUCAGUGGGGAAGGUGCCGAUGAGGUUUUCGGAGGUUAUCUUUACUUCCAUAAGGCCCCCAAUUCGAAGGAGUUCCAUGAGGAAUGUGUCAGGAAGAUCGACCAGCUUCACAUGUUCGAUUGCUUGAGAGCCAACAAGGCCAUGUGCUCUUUUGGGGUGGAAGCCCGAGUUCCCUUCCUGGACCGCGAGUUCUUGGAGGUAGCUAUGAACAUUGAUCCUGAACUGAAGAUGGUCGGUCGUGGUGGUCGCACUAUGGAAAAGCAAAUCCUGAGGGCUGCGUUCGACACCCCUGAGGAUCCCUACCUUCCCGACUCAGUUUUAUGGAGGCAAAAAGAGCAGUUCUCUGAUGGAGUGGGGUACGGCUGGAUCGACAGGCUCAGGGACUAUGCUGAUGAGAAGAUCAGCGACGAUAUGAUGGACACUGCUGAGUUCCGCUACCCUGAAUCGACCCCACUCACCAAGGAGGCAUAUCUCUACCGGCAGAUAUUUGAGAAGUAUUUCCCUCAAGCUUGUGGCGUGAAGACAGUCCCUUAUGGGCCUUCUAUUGCUUGCUCUACCGGAGCUGCGAUGAAGUGGGAUAAGUCCUUUAUGGAGCACGAUGACCCUAGCGGCCGUGCUAUGACGACUGUUCAUGUUGAUGGGUAUAAGGAUUAGUUCAGUAAGCACAUCUAAGAUAGUAGAUUCUGUCAUAAACUGCGACUUCAACAAGUGUUUACUGUCGUAGCGAUAGUAGUUGUAAUAAGU